AUGGAGGUGGAGGGCUUUGCCCUCACGAUGGAGGGCUUUGCUCUCAAGAAGAUUGAUGCAGAACGAUAUGCUGCAGCCGCUGCCUGUCACAAGCUGAGGGAAGGAAAGCCCUUUAAUAAAACAAUGCAAGAAUUUCCUUCUGUCUUUUCUCACUUCUCCAGGUGAUGGGUGUGCUUGGCCCAGACAAUCAGGUGGCGAGGAGGAGAGUGGGACGAGGGCGAGGUCUACAGCUACCUUGGCAGACCCAGAGGAGAAUUCAGACCUCUCCCAGGCUCUCUCCCUGUUCAUACAUCCUAAAGCUCUCCUGACCAGGGUCAUCCAGGUGGCCACGUCCUACAACAGAUUCAGGGUCAGUAACUAUGUCUCUUAGGUCCAAGAUGCGCCAUAAUACAGCCUUUCGUAACACUUGUUAUAAGCUAUCGUACAGCCUGUCUAACGCCCUGUCACUCAUCUCUGAACUGCCAUGCUAAAACACUGUCAUUCACUCUCCUCUUCUCCACUACAGUAGCUGGUGCAGUACAAGACGGUGGGCGGUAAGGUGAAGAGAUGUGAGCUUACCAUGCGAUGGCCAGAGGAGAUGAUAUUCGUGGCCUCUGCUAUUCACAGAGUGGCAGAGAGGAGAGCUGCUGCACUGGCCUGUCUCAAACUGAAAGUGAGGACAGAGGAAAUAACACAGAGAAUUACUGAUGCAUUGACGUGUUAGAUUAUGUUUUCCCUCCUGUAUUCCAAUAACAAGGUUGUGUUCAUUAGAGCACGGAACAGAACAUUUUAGCAUCGGAAAACGAAAAUGAGAGUUUCUUACUGCAUAGUCCAGAUAGUCCCUCCGUGAUUCGUUCCGUUUUCGUCUGUUUGGUGCCUAAUGAACCCUAUCCAGGAAAUGGAGCUGCUUGAUGAGGCCAACCAACCUCUGACCCAUGCUACGUACCACAAGGAGGUGAUGCGGGAGAUGGGGUAGAGAGACAGACUGCCCUGUCCCCUGGAGAUACUUGGAGCACAGCGUCAGAGAAUACCUCACACAAGUCAGUUAUCCUGAAUCAUUACCACUGGAAAUACAUACUGUGUAGCUAACGUCAUUAGCCAGGAAUUUAGUUUAGCCUCAUCAUAGCCUCUGGGGUUGUGUUUACGUAUUGUCUUGAAUUGCCAAGUACCCAGUGGCAGCUGUUGGAGGAAGAGGAUGAGAGAAGCCAGCAAAGGUUUAACCAGCAGGACAAAGAGGAGGAAGAGGACCUCGUCACAGAUGCCAUCACAGGCAGGUCAUACCGGCCCCUCUCUAUCCAGGAGGCCGAGCCGCUGAGCGACGACCUACAGGAGGAGUGGGAGACGGCGGGGCCUGGGGUUGGAGCUCCCAGUCGAUGCCCACCGGGAACAUGUGCUGUCAGCGGGGGAGUCCUCCAGGGUCAUAGUGGUUGCCGGGGAGACGGUGCGGCAAGACGACAUGUAUCCCGCGCUUCCUGCUGGAGGGACUUGUACGGGGCGUGCAGGGGGUGGAGUGUAACAUCCUGGUCACCCAGCCUCGGAGGAUCAGUGCCGUGUCAGUUGCUCAUCGUGUUGCCCACGAGAUGGGCCCUGCCCUCAAACGCUCUGUGGGGUACCAGGUGAGUUCAUUGGACAUUUGAGCUGUCACUCCCUCUACUGUAGCUCAACUUUUCUCAUUCAUUGAACGUUUCUGCUGUCACUCACUCUCCCAUGGCCCCGACCACCCCGUCCUCUAGGUGCGUCUGGAGAGCCGUCCCCCAGAGCACAGUGGAGGGGCCCUUCUCUUCCUGACAGUGGGGGUGUUACUGAGGAAGCUGCAGGGCAAUGCCUCAGCGAGGGGGUCAGCCACGUGGUGGUGGAUGAGGUACACGAGAGAAACGUCAACAAGGACCUACUACCGGCCAUGCUAAAGGACAAUCCCAACCUCCAUGUGGUGCUGAUGAGCUCCACAGGGGACAACCAGAGGCUGGCCCAGUACUUCGGGGGCUGCCCUUUGGUCAGUGUGCCCGGGUUCAUACACCCCGUCAGGGAUAGGUACCUGGAGGAGGUCCUGAGGGAGAUGGGGAGACCACCACCGCUCCCACCCAGGGUAGACCCACUGGGACGGGUGAGUAAUGUGCUAAUUGCUGAGGGGUGGACUUUCUGGUUUUUCAAUACUAUAGUGUUAUCGUUUUAAGAUUUUACGUUUUGGAUGUGAUUGACCAACUGUGCGACUGACUGACUGACCAAUUAACUGUGCUUGUACAUCCCUGCAUGUUUUCUUUCAUAUGUAAACUCAGCAAAAACAUGUGUAAAUAUGUGUAUGAACAUAACAAGAUUCAACAACUGAGACAUAAACUGAACAAGUUCCACAGACAUGUGACUAACAAAAAUGUAAUAACGUGUCCCUGAACAAAGGGGGGGUCAAAAUCUAAAGGAACAGUCAGUAUCUGGUGUGGCCACAAGCUGCAUUAAGUACUGAAGUGCAUCUCCUCCUCAUGGACCGCACCAGAUUUGCCAGUUCUUGCUGUGAGAUGUUACCCCACUCUUCCACCAAGGCACCUGCAAGUUCCCGGACAUUUCUGGGGGGAAUGGCCCUAGCCCUCACCCUCCGAUCCAACAGGUCCCAGACGUGCUCAAUGGGAUUGAGUUCCGGGCUCUUCGCUGCUGGCCAUGGCAGAACACUGAACAUUCCUGUCUUGCAGGAAAUCACGCACAGAACGAGCAGUAUGGCUGGUGGCAUUGUCAUGCUGGAGGGUCAUGUCAGGAUGAGCCUACAGGAAGGGUACCACAUGAGGAAGGAGGAUUUCUUCCCUGUAACGCACAGCGUUGAGAUUGCCUGCAAUGAAAACAAGCUCAGUCCGAUGAUGCUGUGACACACCGCCCCAGACCAUGACAGACCCUCCACCUCCAAAUCGAUCCCGCUCCAGAGUACAGGCCUCGGUGUAACGCUCAUUCCUUCGACGAUAAACGCAAAUCCGACCAUCAUCCCUGGUGAGACAAAACCGCAACUUGUCAGUGAAGAGCACUUUUUGCCAGUCCUGUCUGGUCCAGCGACGGUGGGUUUGUGCCCAUAAGCGACGUUGUUGCCGGUGAUGUCUGGUGAGGACCUGCCUUACAACAGGCCUACAAGCCCUCAGUCCAGCCUCUCUCAGCCUAUUGUGGACAGUCUGAGCACUGAUGGAGGGAUUGUGCGUUCCUGGUGUAACUCGGGCAGUUGUUGUUGCCAUCCUGUACCUGUCCCGCAGGUGUGAUGUUCGGAUGUACCGAUCCUGUGCAGGUGUUGUUACAUGUGGUCUGCCACUGCGAGGACGAUCAGCUGUCCGUCCUGCGAGGACGAUCAGCUGUCCGGCCUACGGACAUUGCAAUUGAUUGCCCUGGCCACAUCUGCAGUCCUCAUGCCUCCUUGCAGCAUGCCUAAGGCACGUUCACGCAGAUGAGCAGGGACCCUGGGCAUCUUUCUUUUGGUGUCAGUAGAAAGGCCUCUUUAGUGUCCUAAGUUUUCAGAACUGUGACCUUAAUUGCCUACCGUCUGUAAGCUGUUAGUGUCUUAACGACCGUUCCACAGGUGCAUGUUCAUUAAUUGUUUAUGGUUCAUUGAACUAGCAUGGGAAAACCCUUUACAAUGAAGAUAUGUGAAGUUAUUUGGAUUUUUACAUAUUAUCUUUGAAAGACAGGAUCCUGAAAAAGGGACGUUUCUUUUUUUGUUGAGUUUAUGUGUUUGUGUUCAUACAUUGACUUUUCUAUGUCCUAUGUUUAGAAGGAUGAUGCCCCACCAGACCUGGAAUUAGUAGAUCAUGUGAUAGAGCAUAUCCACAGACAGGGAGAGCCAGGUAACCAACGCUUCACCACUCUGAUAGCUUUACUCUACUUUCCCCUCAUCUCUCCAUGUCUUUUAAGCUAAGCCCUGAGUCGACUGAUAGUUGAUUGAUUCAUUGAUGAUUUCUCUCUCCAGGUGCAGUGCAGUGCUGUGUUUCCUACCAGGGUGGCAGGACAUUAAGGCCGUCCAGAAGAGACUAGAGGAGAAAUCAACCUUCCGCUCUGAUCCUACCAUGUAAGGACUGGAAUAAGGGGUCUAUGACUUUUGAGUUGUCUUUAUUUUCUGUCCCGCUUGCCUGUUCACAACAUGCUACCUGUAUUAUUUCUGGUCAGGUCACAUGGUUAGGAAUGAAUCCUGGCCUUAAAGUGCACAAGGAAAGAUCGUACGACUGCACUAGAAUAAAAUAAUGUUCCUGAUCCCCUUCCCCUCUAUCUUUCCCCAGUAUGACUCCAGUAUGAAGUAAUGUCUCUGUUUCCCCUUAUGUCGGUGUGCGACCAGCAGGCCGUGUUCCAGCGCCCCCCAGAGGGCCGGAUGAAGAUCGUCCUGGCCACCAACAUAGCUGAGACCUCCAUCACCAUCGACGACAUCGUUCACGUAGUAAACGCGGGCUCUCAGAAGGAGCAGAACUACGACACACAGACCAAGGUAGGUGACGGUCACUUCUGGCACUGUCACAGUGAAUACAUAAUACAGCCAUAGCCAUUAAUGCAGAAACCGUAUCUUAAAGCAGGACAGUAGUGCUCUGUCUCCUAAAAAAAAACCCUGUUCACAUUGAAGUUGUGUAUAUGGAAAACAUUCCUCAUAUUUAGCUACCAAGCAAACCCAACUGGUGAUUGACUACAAUAUACCAGUGUGGUGUUGCAAACCUCUUUGUCUUGCUGGUCCCCCGGUGUCAUGUCUAGACACAGUCUGGAUCUCCCGCUCCAACAUCACUCAGCGCAGAGGGGGAGCUGGGCGAUGCCAGCCCGGACACGCCUACCACCUGUUCCCACGGCAAUGCCUGGAAUCCAUGACUACCUUCCCCAUGCAUGAGAUCCUACACACCCCUCUGGGGAGCCUGGUGGUACAGGCCAAGAUCCACAGCCCCCACUGCAAGGUGAGGGGAUGGGGCAGAGCAAUAAUGGAGAUAUAGAGGUGCAUGGGCUAGUCAAUGUAAUUGUUGUGAGGUCUCUGCACGUUGUCACAUAUAUUGAUGUUCUCUUGGUGGUUCUCUCCAGGCAGUCAAUUUCCUGUCCCAGGUGUUGGACAGUCCAAAGCGAGAGGCUGUGUCAGAUGCUGUUCGCAACCUGCAAGAGACUGGUGAGACUCUCUAAAGAUCUGAGUUCACUUUUAGCAUCCAGACUGUUUCAGUUGAUAUUGUUUUAGUAGUUGCUCAAAUGGAUUGAGAUCAUUCAACAGGGAAAGUAUUAUUGUCUGUUAUUACUGUGUUGUCUAUGAUUUUGUUCUUAGUACUCCUGUAUCUCCUCCCUCUCCUCUCGCUAGGUGUUCUGGACAAGACAGAGGCCCUGACUCCCCUGGGGGUGAGAGGGCCUGUGUGUCCUGUGACCCGCGCCUGGGGAAGGUGUUGGUGCUAGCUGCUCUGUUCCACUGUGUCCUGCCCCAACUGUCAGUCACACCAGAGACCCCGUCCACAUCAGCAUGCAGAACAGAGCCCUGGUCUCCAAAGUCAGACACUGGCUCAGUCCACGUCCACCUGGGCUGUCAUUGUUCAAUUUAACUUACAUAACAUGAUGAACUGCAAAGUUCCCAUUUCUAUUUCAGUGGUUCACAACUUUUGUCACAGUGCUUACAGUUUAAAUGUCUGCUGAUGAUUUCAACAUUUACGUUUUCAUAAAAACACUGGUUUCAUUGUGGUUAGAUUAUUGAUGUUUGGCAAAUUUGACCCAAAUCUAGUCUUUUCCUCCCUACCUCCUCUCUGCCUCCCUUGCUCCCCCGCUCCAUAUUGCUCUCUCUCCGUCCCUCCAGGCUGAUGCCCUGGGUGGCUCCAGCUACAGGGAUUACCUGGUGUUGAGUAGAGCCGUGUUGGGCUGGACGAGUGUUCAGCAGGAGGAGGACAGAGACCAAACAGGACUACUUGGACAGGUACAUACUGUCUGGAGCCAGCCUACGCUUCAUCAACGGUGAAAGAGAGAGGGAGAGAUGUACUCACACACAUUGGGUAAAUUCCUGGGUGUCAUUGUAUAGGGCCCUGAGUUUUCCUGACCAUGUGACCUGACCAGGAAAAACUCAGUGCCCUAGUCAUUGGUUCAAUCAGUUAUGGGGUUGACCCAGGUUUGUGUGUCUCCCAUGGAUAUUCAUAUGCCACAUAUUUCAUACAUUUAUAUUAAUCAUUGAUGUCUCCUGCGUUCCAGGUCUGAUCUCCCAGUUCAGUGAGAACCUCCUUGAGGCUGGGCUGGUGGUGCGUUGA